AUGUUGUCGCGAUAUAUGGUUAGUCUCGGCAGUGCUAUUUUUGCUGUUGCUGCUGGAGCAUACAUUUUAUGGGGACCUUCAAAGAAAAGGCCCAAAGGUAAAGACAACCUUACCUGCCGGGGCCUUGUGAAUCUAGGGAAUUCUUGCUUUCUCAACUCAUUGCUCCAGUCAUGGGCUGCCUGCCCUUCCCUGUAUGGUUGGUUACGCCAGUCAGUGUCGCCAGGGAAUGCUGGCAGUAUCCUCGGCAGUGCUGUGUUUAAAGUACUGCAAGUUCUCAACAAUGAGGUAGAUAAUGCUCCUGACCCAUAUAACCCCAGCCAGGUGUUUCAUGCUCUGAGGGCCCGGAGGUGGGUCAUCACAUCAGAGGAGCAGGACACGCACGAACUGUUUCACGUGAUGGUUGAAACUCUGGAGGAGGAAACGUCUAGCUACCCCAGGGUUCUGUCCUUGUUCGAUGUCCAGCACCUACAGAGCCCAGCCAACGUGUAUCAGUCGGAGAAACAUGCCAGGACCCGGAGCCAGGGUUUACUUCCGGUCCUGCCUGUGAGGUCAGUAGAACAACCGACCCGUGGCCUCCUGGCCAGCCAGUUGCAGUGCCUCACCUGUGGAGCACGAAGUGCCGUGAAAUAUGAUGCCUUUGAUAGCCUCAGUCUUAGUUUUCCUAGAAAUUAUUGGGGCUCGCUGAGUCUGGACAACCUCUUGAGUCAGUUCAUCUCACCAGAGGUGGUGCAGAUGGUAGAGUGUGGGGAGUGUGCCAAGAUUGCCAAGACGGAGACUGUCAAGUCAAACUUUAGGAAGAAAGUCUCCAUUGGAAAGUUGCCCCAGGUUCUGUGUAUACACCUACCUCGCACACAGUGGCUAGACAACGGAGCACCGGUCAAGCGGUUUGACCAUGUCAGUUUUCCAGAGACACUCCACAUGGAUCAGUUCUUGUACUGUAGGCAGAGGAAAGGUGCUGGAGAUGCAGCAGGCCUUCAGGGAGGGAUGGACAUCACAUUACACAUGCUGAGCCGAACCUCCAGAGCAGUCAGCGCACCCACAUCAGCUGCCGUCAAUCUUUUAAGAACCUUAAACUUUGAUCAGCAGUUCACACAAACAGGCUUGUUCCUCCACCCACAGAGGGCGCCACAGAUCCCCAGCGACCUCAGCGAUGUCAACCACAAUGCCCCACUAGAGGUCAUCAAAUCCAGCACAGGAGAGUUCUCCUACCGUCUGGCUGCUGUGGUGUGUCACCUGGGUGAUAUUCAGCUGGGCCAUUUUGUGGCUUACCGACGAGGCGUCCAUGCUGGUGGGGAUGUCCGAGGUGGCGGUGAUCUGGGAGCCAAGUGGUGGCUAACAUCUGAUUCAGCUGUUCAGAGGGUCUCGUUACAGCAAGUUCUAUCAUCAGAAGCCUAUAUGUUGUUCUACGAGAAGUUAUAA